GACCUCAAAGCAUCCCCUCGGCUCACCUCACACCAUCGUCCUCUUCUCCGCCAGCGCUUGUCGUCCACGCCGUUGAACCCGCCGCCGGCCACCGAAGCACGCACGCAGCAAGCCACCACCACGAAGAGACCCUCCGCUCGUGCUCGUCUGUAGUCGUCGUCUUCUUCCUCCUAUUGCCGUUGCAACAAAUUGGGUUGGCGUGGAGUGGAGAUCCGUCUGGAGUUUGGGGUUGAUUUCUUCUGCUGCCGGCAGCUGUUCUCUUCAGCGCGCUGGAAAUCAAUCACUUGCUCUCAGUUGACGCCCCUGUUCAGAGUUUAGACUCACCAUGGCUCAUCAGAAGCGUGAGGCCAGCUCCACCGGUGAAGAUUGGGCAUCCAAGCGCCCCAGAGGUGCCGACACUGCUACUGAAACGGAGCGCAGCGGAGAGGCCGGUGCUUCUCAAGAAACAAAUGGUGAAAUGAGAGGCACCUGCCAAAAGGAAACCGGAGAGCUGGCGGACAAAUGUGUUGCGGGUGAGAAAGCUGCCACGAACUCGAAGGUUUCAGGUGAGCAAGAGAAGGUAUUGACUGGCAUCGAAGCUGAUGCUGCGGAAGACAAGGGUUGCAGGCACACUAUGGAGGACGCCUGGGUGGUGCUGCCCGAUGCUGCCUUGGAAACUCCAGGAAACCUGAGAUGUGCCCAUUUUGCGAUAUAUGAUGGGCAUGGUGGCCGCUUGGCCGCAGAGUAUGCACAGAAGCAUUUGCAUCAGAAUGUCAUCGCUGCAGGAUUACCACGUGAGUUGAUGGACGUUAAAGCUGCAAAGAAGGCCAUUAUUGAAGGUUUUCGUAGAACGGAUGAAUCUUUACUGCAAGAAAGUACUAAAGGAAACUGGCAAGAUGGUGCAACAGCUGUAUGUGUUUGGAUAUUGGGACAGACGGUUGUAGUUGCGAAUGCUGGAGAUGCUAAAGCAGUAUUGGCUCGUUCCACUUCAACUAAUGGUGAAGGUGUGGUUGAUAAAACCAAAAGUCAACUAAAGGCUAUUGUUUUGACAAGAGAACAUAAAGCCAUCUUUCCACAGGAGCGCUCCCGAAUCCAGAAGGCCGGAGGUUCUGUUGGUCCUAAUGGAAGAUUACAAGGUCGCAUUGAAGUAUCAAGAGCUUUUGGUGAUCGUCAGUUUAAGAAGGUGGGAUUAAUUGUAACACCAGAUGUCCACUCCUUUGAACUUACAAAGAAAGAUCAUUUCAUCAUUCUAGGAUGUGAUGGCUUAUGGGGAGUAUUCGGACCAAGUGAUGCUGUUGAAUUUGUUCAGAAUCAGUUGAAGGUGACGUCUUCAGCCUCGCUUGCAGUGCGCCGCCUCGUGAAGGAAGCUGUUCGUGAAAGGCGAUGCAAGGAUAACUGCACUGCUGUUUUGAUUGUCUUCAAGCACUAGGGAUGUGCCUAAUUUCUUUUCGGCAGACUGAAGAAAGAAUUUGCUGACUAAGAACGAUGUUGUUGUUGACGCUAAAUGAACGUGGAGCUCCGGCUGUGUUUGUUUUAUGUGACCUAUUAAGACACUAUCCGUACUUUUAUGGAAAUAAGACUUAACAAAUUGGCAUCUCUGAAGUAAUGUAGAACUCUGGAAAUCAUGGUGGCUUGUCUC